AGUGAACGCACAGUCACUCGCCAAUCAGUUCAUCGAGAACCAUCCACCGAAGUGUGAGCGACCUAAACGCACAUUUUUUUCACGUUGCGGGAGGAUUGGGUGUUCGGUUGAUUUUCUGAUAUUCAUCAGGAGUUAUCAUGGUUUAUUAGCAUUUGCAAUUGAGCAAGUACUUCAUAAGUGGUUUAGCUGUUGAAUUUUAUCUGAUCUCUUCAGUCUGACGAUUUUCCAUUGAAUUCUCAUUCUUCGGGGUUUCAUCGCACGUCAUGAAGUCGACGCAAGAUUUUUCCAGCGAGCUUAAGGAGAAAGACACGGCUCGAAUAGAUAAUGACAUUCCACAAGAGGUAACAAUACCCGAGUGGUUCAGAAAUCGAAAUGUUUUGAUUACUGGAGCAACUGGAUUUAUGGGUAAAGUUUUGCUUGCGAAACUGUUAAAAAGCUGUCCGGAUGUGGGAAAAAUUUAUAUUCUGGUGCGAGAGAAGAAAGGUGUCGAUCCACAGAGUAGGCUGUUUUCACUGAUUCAGAAUGAGCCGUUCAGGGACCUGCAGACGACGCAUCCAGAGGUAUUGAAGAAAGUGAUGGUGAUCUCUGGAGAUGUAGCGAUGGAAAAUCUCAGUUUAUCACCAGAAAAUCGUGAGCUCUUGGUGCGAGAUGUAUCGGUGGUCUUUCAUAGCGCAGCUAAUGUCAAAUUCGAUGUGCCAUUGAAGGAUGCUAUCAGAAUGAACACAGCUGGUGUGCGAAAUCUCAUUGCCGUGUGCAAACAGAUGCACAACCUGCAGUCUUUGAUUUAUAUAUCGACGGCCUACACCCACUGCGGGGAAAAAAUCCUGGAGGACAGGCCCUACCCGAGUCCAAUGCUCCCCGAGCAAGUGAUCAGUCUCGUGGAGAGUCUCGAUGACGAUUUGCUCGAGGUGAUGACUCCAAAAUUACUCAGGGAUAUGCCCAACACCUACGCCUUCAGCAAAUCACUAGCUGAGGACUUGAUCAACAGAUCGAAUCUGCCGACCGGCGUUGCCAGGCCAUCAAUCGUCGUGGCUUCUUGGAAAGAGCCAGUGCCAGGUUGGGUGGAGAAUCUGAAUGGUCCAACUGGUCUGAUGAUUGGAGCAGCAAAAGGUGUUGUUCGCAGUGUUCUCUGCGAUGAGAAUCUCUUCCUGGAUGCCAUCCCCUGUGAUAUCGCAGUGAAUGCGAUAAUCGCAUUAGCGUGGAAAGUCGGCCGAGAAUCACCAGUUAACCCGAUCUACAUGAAUGUCACUGAAAGCGGUGAAAAUCCCCUCACCUGGGGCCAAUCCCUGGCAUAUGGACGAAAGCACGCAUUCGAAAAUCCAUUCACAGGUAUUCUUUGGUAUCCACGUGGAGGAAUAACAAACAACCAGUACUAUCACAUGUUUCGGGUAUUAUUUUUUCACCUGCUGCCAGCUUACUUCAUCGAUGCCCUGUGUUUCUUAACCGGUCAUGAACCAUUUCUGGUGAGAGUCCAACACAAGGUCAGCUGGGGCCUGGAACUCCUCCAAUAUUACACGUUAAAAGAAUGGGAUUUCAAGAAUGACAGAAUGAAAGAGCUGAGGGAUGAAUUACUACCAGCUGAUAAGAAUGUUUUCUAUAUGGACACGAAAGCCUACGACUGGAACGAAUACAUGAAGACCUACGUCCUGGGGGCCCGCAGGUACAUCCUGAAGGAAGACCCAUCGACUCUCCCCCAGGCCCGAAGGAUCUUCCUCCUCUACUGGAUCGCCGAUCUGAUAUUUCGAUUUCUCUUCAUCGCCUCAAUCCUCUGGCUCAUCUACUCAAAAUUCACAACAAUUACCUCAACAAUUGCUUUGAGAGAAGUCCACGAGUUCUGAUCCACCAACGACUGAAUCCCAUCUACACUGAAUUCAAAUUAAUCACCUGGAGAGCCUCGACAUUUAAAAAACCAUUGGAAAGUCAUUUUGCGCAAUUGAUGCCUCGAAAUAAAAAAAAAA